GACAAAAAGCCACGAAGCUCAAGCUCAUGCCGAAGCAAAGACGAUACACAGCUUUGAAGCCCACAAACGUGUCGCACUGAAAAGCUCCUGCGGUGCCGUUGUUCGUGGCGUCUUCACAAAAUCCAGGGAUCUUUACAAAGACACGAGGGUAUAAACGAGAGGCCUGGAGGCGAGAUGUUUGCUAACACGGACACAGACGCUUAAUAGAAUUCAGGACAUCUCGUAGCAGAGGAGAAACAUUCCGGCUGCAGGAUGAAGAGGGAAACCCGAGGAGCGUUUUUCACCGUCUCUGUCCUCCUCUCCGUCCUCACACGGGUCACGUGUCAGCUGUGUUCAGGUCCAUGCCAGUGUCCGUUUCUCACCCCGAAUUGCCCCCGCGGGGUUCCUCUGGUCCUGGACGGGUGUCACUGCUGUCAGAUCUGUGCACGACAAGAAGGUGAACUCUGCUCUGAAACUGAGGUGUGUGAAGCUCAGCGCGGUUUGGAGUGUGACUACAGUGCCAGUUUCCCACACGGACCCGGAGAGUGUGUCCGGCGAAGCGCGCUCGGCUGUGUGUACUUGGGCAAGAGGUACGAGGAGGGUCAGUCGUUCAAGCCCUCGUGCACACAGCUGUGUAACUGUGUGGGUGGGGGCAUCACGUGUGUCCCUCUGUGUACUGAGGAUCUGAACACCCCGAACUGCCACCACCCGAGACUGGUGAAGGUGCCUGGGCGCUGCUGCAGAGAGUGGGUGUGUGACGGCACAGAAAACAGCAAUGUGCUGGAAAACACUGCAGGCGAGCGAGCGGUUAGGUCCUGGCAGGACACGUCUGCGCCUAGCGGAGCCUCCAGGGCCAACUGCAUCGAACAGAGCACUGAGUGGAGUGUGUGUUCACGCAGCUGUGGUCCAGGUGUGUCCACACGAGUCUCAAACAGAAACUCGGCCUGUCAACCAGAAACCCUCACACGCCUGUGUGUGGUCAGACCCUGUCCCCCUGGCCUGACCUCCAGAGCCUCAGGGUUCCAGAAGCCGGGUGUGUGUGAGAGCAGUUACCGCUCGGUCGUACCAAUCCGCUUCCAGCAUCACGGCUGCUACAGCGCUCUGUCCUACAGGCCGCUGUUCUGUGGAACAUGUUCUGAUGGACACUUCUGCAGCCCUGAGCACACCAGGACCGCACUCGUCACCUUCCGCUGCACGCAACGACGCACCGCUCAACACGCCGUCAUGGUGAUCAAGUCGUGCGUCUGCCGUCAUAGCUGCCCUCAUUCAAACAGCUCCAGAGGAACAAAAUCCUGGCUGUAGACCAGUUUUUAUUAAAAUGAUCUAAAGUGUGUGUAAACAUGCAUUAUGUACAUCAGCAAAACUUUAAGAAUCAUGUGUAUUCUGGGACCAGAUGUGGUUUUAAAGUUAUUUCAUGAAUCACACGAGUACUUAUUCUUAUUUCUUGUAUAGCAGCUGUAAACAGUCGCUCCCUCCACAGCCUCUCUUUCUUUUCUUUUUUUUUAGUUAAAAACUGUCCUGCUGAUGUCAGAGAAAUUCAACAGCUAUCAGCUUUACCUCUCUCUGACUAGUAAAGAAAAUGUAAAAGUACUAACUGUUUUAAUUUGCACUCGUCAGCGCCCCCUGUGUCCGGUUUGAGAAGUGCUGCUUUAAAAGCUUGAAUGAAUAAAGUUAUCACCCAUA